AUGGGCAUGAGCCAAGGUGCGAAUAUACUCGGCUUUGGAGCGCACCGUGCCCUCGGACUUACCGGCAAUGCCGCAGGCAUUGGAUUGAGUGGAACGAACAACGCGAUAGUAGCCAAUGAGAGAGUUGGGGUCGAUUCUGGCCUGAGUGCAGGAAGGAAUGGUGUCGAUCUUGGGAAGCCUGUUACAGUUCCUUCACCUCGAGCAUUCCCACCACAGCUACCACCACCUCGACCACCGCCACCUCCUUCAGGUCUGGGACCGUCAGGAUGGCAAACUGGAGUGGAGUCGCCUUCUCGUCCACAUAGAAUCGGAACAGAAGGAGGAUUUAGCACAGGUAUGUCCAUCUUCGAGACGCUAAGCAGAAAAAGUUGUGUAAAG